AACCUUGAAUCUCUCCAGUCUAUUUGACAAAAGCACGGAUAAAACUCGACAUAGUUUUUCCGACAUUUCGAUGGACUACGUUUUCAACUGAAAGAAGUUUUUAAAAGUGUAAGGAUAUGGAAAUCUUCAGAGUUCAUAYGGUUGAUUAAGUUGCUGGAUGUUAUUACUAUUCAAGAUACACGAUGAGAAUCAUUACAAGUUUGGUAGUUAUAUUCCUGUUAAAGAGUUCUUCAGUGACGUCUCUGGGCAAUCCUCCUUACGUCAUCCCAGAUAACUUAAGAAGGCCGUUCAUCAACGUAGCCAGCUCAAGUCAAGGCGCGUCAUGCACGGAGACAUCCGCUGACCCAAGCCAUAAAUGUACCAACGCUAUUGACGAUGAUGUAAAUACAGAGUACAGAGUUAACUCGAACGACAACUCGGUCAACUCGUCCAUCAGUAUAACAUUUAGCAAUGGAUAUCUCAUCAAUGCAGUCAAGAUCACACAACGACAAGACGCUUCAUAUCAAAUCCAGGAGGUUAAAAUCUCUUUUGAUGAUGGCAAAGGAGUGCACGAAUAUUUCAACUUAACAAAGAAUACGGCCUCACAGUCAAAAGCCGACACAUUUAUCUUUGGUGAACGCUUGACGAAAACCAUAAUCAUCACCAUUUCUACUCUUUACAAUGGGACAACGGGGCAUGGGUACAAGUCAAUUGAGGUCACCAAUACAUUUGCUUCAUCAGCAACUACAACAUCAGCAUCGUCGCCUCGCUAUGUCCUCAAAUUUGGAGCUCAAUCUAAUUCAAAGUUGAUACUCGAUCGCUUUGGGCCUCCGGGGUCGGACAGUACAGGCGUAGCAGAAGGAUUGGGUGCUUUGAGUUCUAGUAACUGGAAAUUGUUUGGAGUCGACUUUAGUGCUAYAUGGAUAGCAGUGAACGUUGGCAAUGUUAGUAUUUUCCAGUACAAUGACGCGAAUCCAAUCCAAGUGAAUUAUGUGUCUUUUCACAACCCUGGGAGUACAAAGGCGACAGUAUUGUACUGCAAUCGGMAAGUUAAGUGYUAUAAAAACGCAACACACUUCUGGUCCCUGGACAAGCCAACACUGAGCGACGUAUUCUCCAGAAGAGCGGCGAUAACGGACAUUACAAACGUCAAAGCAGGACCAGGSGCAGCCCUGGUAACUACUACAGCCAUAAGCUUAAAGAACAAGUAA